GUUCGUUUAGGCAGUUUUUCCUCGCUGAUGUCAGUUCUGAGCGAAUUCGGCACGGUAAAAGAUCGAAGAUCAGUUUAGAUUUGGGUCUGGUGAAAUUAGAUAAUGCUAGCUUUGAUCUAGUAUUUGCCAAGUGGAAAACUAUCGCACCGGAAAGGACGAUAGCAAUAGAUUAUCAUGACAGAAGCGAAAAAGUGUGCAGCCGGUUGGAAGCUGAAUGCUCGCGAAAAAGCUUGUUACAUUGACGUCGAGGUUGAAGAGGAUGCCCCGGGCGGCGGCGGCGGAGAGCUCCAGCCGGAGCAGUCCGAAUUAGACAAACAGAGAGGCGGCUAUGCUGACUGGGACGAUGAUGAGCUUACUAACGGCCAGUCGCACUGGUGUGAUUUACCGGAUCACAUCAUGGAGCGAAUCUUCGCACACCUGAGCAUUCGGGAGCGGUACUACGCUAGCCUGACCUGCAACAGCUGGUAUCGGGCCUUCUACUUGCCGAACGUGUGGUCCAAUUUCCUGGUGGAAGACAGAACGCUUUCGAGACUGAAAUACAACUACUACUCGGGCUGGCAGCCGGUGCUGGACCCGGCCCGGAUGCAAUGUUGUCUGAUAUCCGUCGGGAGUCUGUUCCGGGGGCUAGACUUCCGUCCGGAGUUUUCGUUUAACAAUAUGUUUCAAUUUAUGACCACUAUAUCGUGGGCUAUCGAACAGAACCAGAAGGCUAUGUUCCCGCGGGAGUGGCUCGGUUGUGGGACCAAAAUUAAAUCUCUAAAUUAUAUCUUCCCGUGUAACAUGGCCUCCAGCGAGGAUCCGGAAUCGAUUAAACUGUUCGGGACGGGUGGUCAGCUACUGGCAGCGCUCAAGAAGCUGAUGCUCAACCUGCCGAACCUGCAGACGCUGAAGUUGGUAGAUCUAAUGCUGGAACGGUACGAGGCAAACCAUCUGCUAGACGAGGUUCUGGAAGCGUGCUGCUUGGGCCUGAAGCGGUUACAUCUGAUCAAUUUAACUAUGGUACAUUGUCCUGUGAUGCACAUGGGACUGUUUCUGAAUUUGCAGGUCCUGGUGGUUUCGCCGCAGAACAUCGACGACGACAUCCUGACGCUGCUGGCCGACUCCAAGGUGCGACACCUGUACCUGUUCCAGAAUCGCUACACACCGGCAGCGAUAUCGAUCAGCCCCUGCACGGCCAAGGGCUGGCGGCUGCUCCGCCGAGAUAAUCCGAAUUUACGGGUGCAUCUACGCGUCGAGUCAACAAACAGCGGUGGCGAGAUUCUGCUGCAGCCGGCAGCUCCGGUGCAUAGUAUGAUUUAUCAGACGACGAAAACAAUGAUUGCUUCGGAUAAGCUACUGGCCGCAGUUGACGCGUACAAAUUUUCGCUGGCAGUGUACGGAUAUGAGAUGCUACCGGAUUUUGCCAGUCCGGUUGAGUUUCAGGACCGAGUGGACAGCCUGCUGGUGCUAAUGGCACGCUCAUGUCCCGAGCUGACGGUGUUGAUGAUUCGGGAAAGAAUUUCGACGGCCACGGUAUUGCUAAUCGCCCGGUCCGCCCAAAACCUACGGCAUCUGGUCGUUCGACGCAACCAGCUUAUCGAAGGCUGUGACUGGCCAAGAAACCCAGAGUGGAGUGAUGAAUUCUACCAGUGGCUUCUGAUGGCAUCUCGCACCAUUGCGGCCACUGAAAAGGAAAUCUCCCAGAUACUGGAAACAAACUGGAAAGCCCUUAGCGAUGAACACUACGCGAUGACUUCCUUGACCAAGCACGUGAACCACUAAAAACGACAACGAUUAUGAUGACAGCAGUCCAUUCAGCCACAACACCACAGAACCGGUCGGAUGCACACAGGGCUCUUUUAAUUAAGUCAAGAUAAUCGAACAAUUACUCCAUUACUGAAAGCCGGCUAGGGAAAUGGCCUUUGCUUUCCGACGGAAAAGUGCCCCUUAAAACACAAAGGCACUUCGGUGGUGUCUCUUCGUUUCUCCUCUGUCUUGGAAUUUCUCCAAUCAUUAUUAUCUGCCCCAUCAUAAUGAUGUUGCCUUCCUUUCGUCGUUUCCCGGAGGACUAUUUUGUACUAUGAUGUGGCUUCAUGAAGCUUCGCAACCCCCUAUGUAUAGCAUACUGACUUUGCGUACGAAUUUUCACCGGAUUAUCGCAGCUCGGGCAGGUGUAUACAGCCAAGCAGCCACCGAGCAGUCGUAACAUAAAACUGCAGUUAGUGCAAACGGGAAGAUAGCCGUGAAAGCAGGGCGGUUUAUUCAAAAGAUAAAAUUGUAGGGGUUUUAAUAGUUGUUAUGCAAAAAAUUUGAUUCGCAGAGAAGUGUUACUGGAA